AUUGUCUUCUGGGUUAACAGAAAACUUGACAGGUUUUUUGGAGGCAAAUUUUGAUCUGAAUAUUUUUCUUCUGUAAUUUGUGAUUUUCCAAGAGUUUUCCAAGUGUUUUGUGGAGGAAAAUGGAUGAAGAGCUGGAUGUCACAAUGGAUUCAGAUGAUGACGAUGCCCUUCUGGGAGCAAUUGGAGGCAUUAGUGAGAGUGGAAGUGAAUCUGCGUCUUCGAGCCAAAAUAGUCAACCUGUGCAUGAGCCAUCUGGGGCUCCCAGUGUCUACCUGAGUGUCCUGAGGUCAAAGUUUGGCCACAGUGACUUCCGGCCAAUGCAGUGGCGUAUUAUCCGUUCAGUUCUGUGCGACAAAAGGGAUAAUUUCGCCGUAAUGGCCACGGGAUACGGGAAAUCCCUUUGCUAUCAGUUCCCUUCAGUUUACACAGGGCAGCUCACUCUGGUGGUCUCCCCGUUGAUUUCCCUGAUGGAGGACCAAGUGUCUGCAUUGGAAGUUAUGAAUAUCGAGGCAGUAUUCCUAGGAACUGCCCAGAAGGAUCGUGAAGCUCUGAGCAAGGUUUAUCAGGGAGAGUAUCGCCUGGUUUAUAUGUCUCCGGAAUACAUCACAAACAAUCAGGAUGUACUGAUACAUCUGGCUCCUCAGCUAACCCUGAUUGCCAUUGACGAGGCUCACUGCGUCAGUCAAUGGGGUCAUGAUUUUCGACCGGCUUUCCGGGAGCUCUCCUGCAUCCGCAAAGUGGUUCCGGAUAUUCCGAUCCUGGCUCUAACAGCCACAGCCACUCACAGAGUGCGGCAGGAUAUUGUCAAAAUCCUCGGGCUCAAAGAUCCCAAUUACAGUCUCAGUGGCUUCGAUCGACCCAAUCUCUCUUUGGAAAUUCAUCCCAGAACCGACACAAAUCCCUGGUCUGACAUUCGGAAGCAUCUGGAGAGUGUCCAGGGAGCCUCUGUCAUUAUCUACUGCAUCACACGGAGACACACGGAGGAAGUUGUUAAUGAUCUGAAGCGCAACAAAGUCGACUGUGAAGCCUACCACGCAGGAUUGAGCACGAAGCGUCGCUCGGAAGUGCACCAGGCUUUCGUGAGGGACCGGAUUAAGGUGAUUGUGGCCACAAUUGCCUUUGGCAUGGGCAUCGAUAAGCCAGAUGUUCGAAUGAUCAUUCACUACGGUUGCUCCCAGAACAUCGAAUCCUAUUACCAGGAAAUCGGAAGGGCAGGACGCGAUGGGCAGCCGGCAAAGUGCAUCCUGCUCUACAAUCGCAGAGACUUCCACACUCACACCAUUCUUUGGGAAAGUUGCUUGUUCAAGAGUCGCCUGGCGGAUCUCCAGAGAGAAAUGAAGAAUUAUGUUGAUCUCCGGCGAACCUGCCGAAGGGCCUUCAUUCUCAAAUACUUCGAUGAUCCUCAAGUCUCGAAGCUGAAGACCAGAGCAGAUUGCUGUGACAACUGCAAAAGGCAGCUUUCGGGCUACAAAGAUGAGGAUCAGUAUGUAGAGUUGGAUGAAGAAGGUAGGUUUGAUUUUACCCAAGAUUUCACAACAUUCCUCAAGGCCAUCAGAGUUUUCGAUGGAUACUCUUCUGUGAGCAAGACUGUCCUCUUCCUUCGUGGCUCUAAAUCCCAAAAACUCCAACCUCGCUUUUACACAAAUCCCCUUUACGGUUCGGGGAAGAACAAGGUGGAACAGUGGUGGAAGCUUGUUGCGGAUUUGAUGAUCAGAGAGGAUUAUCUGAAAACGGUUUCUGUCAGUAGGGACAAACCUUCAAUUACUUGUACGAAAAUGACAAACAAGGGAGAGAGUCUUCUAGAACAAGUGAAAACAAUUCUUCUGCAUCCGCUGCAGGAUAUGAUGAAGUUCUUCACGAGGAAAAUUGAUCCGAAACAGGAAAAGUUGUCCGUCUCCGUUGCGCCUUUGUUCAAUUUCGGAGCAAUUCCUGGUAAAUCCAGUCAGACUCCUCAGACUUCCCAGGCCACGGGGAUGAAUUCGAAUUUGACAGUUUGUGCUCCGAAGGCGAAGUUUGAUGUCCUUAUGAAGGAUCUUCUGUUGGAGAGGUCAAAGAUUGCCAGCGAUGUAGAUUGCAUGCCAUACGUCAUUGCGUCAACCAAGGCUUUGGAACAGAUGUGUCGACUGAUGCCGCAGACGCUUGAUGAACUUCGCCAGGGUAAUAUUGAUGGCUUCUCUGAGGUCAAAAUUGAUAAAUUCGGUCCGAGACUGGUGAAAUUCUUUCGGAAAGUCGCAGGGGUGACAACUAAACCUUCUGGGAAGAAUUCAAUGGAGACUAUCCUAGAAAGGCAUCCACUAGUUGGACCAUUGAAGGGAUCUGCAUCUGUCACUUACGAUCUCUUCGUUGAAGGAUUUUCCCUAGCCCAGAUUUGCACCAAGAGAGAUCUUGCGGAAUCAACGAUUGUUUCACACAUUAAAAGUGCCAUUGAAUGUGGGAAGAAGGUCACCAGGAAAGAUCUGGAGAGGUUCGAUGUUGAUACCGGGACUUUUGAAGAGAUCAAGAGGAAUCUUCCACCUGAUCUUUCUUCUGUCAAACUAACGCCAAUCAAGGAAGCCUGCGAUCCUGGAAUUUCAUUCAACAACAUCGUUCUCGUUCUUGCCUACUGCAGAGUGAGGCAGCAUCUUGAAAGAAUAGGACAACCUUACGAAGAUCCUGAUAAGCCGGAUGCAUCAACUCAGGAAACGGAGGAAACUCAAGAAUCUAAAGAGACCCAAGAAACUCAGGAAACACAGGAAACCCAGGAAGACAUCGAAGUAGAUGUCGAUCUAGAGAUGUUUGAUAGCAUCGAACAAGAUAUUCUUCUUCAUGCUGAUCAACUGGAUCAAGAAUCACAACCAUCACAUCAAAGCAGUCAAACGUUGCAAGGGAAGAAGACCAAAUACGCUCCAGUUGCCUACAUGAGCGACGACAGCGACGACGAAGGACAGAAGAAGGAGAACCUAAUUCCAACGCAAGUGAUCAGUACGCCGUCUCCGUUGAAGAAACGCCGACAAAAUCUCAUUUUGUAAUUCAGCUUCAGGACAAGCAGGAGGAACAUUUUUGAUUGGAUUUCUUGUAGAAAUUGAAAUACACACUCAUUAUAGCUUUGCAGAACGUUCAAA